AUGGCCGAGAACAGCAACCGAGGGACUGAGUUUCUCCUAACGGGUUUUCCCGGUUGGCCGGAACUGCAGAGCGUCCUCUUCGGGAUGCUGGUGUCUCUAUGGUCCGGCCGUGUGUCCAUCACAUCCAGGCGAUGUGUGGUCCAGUUCUUCCUCUUCACGCUAUGCUCCUGCAUCAAGUGCUUCCUCCUUACGGUCAUGACCUAUGACUGCUACAUGUCUUCUCACCACUUGGACUUCUUCUUCUGUGACCUCCCGCCCUUGCUGAAGCUGUCAUGCACCACGACCAAGGCCCGGGAGCUGGUCAUCUACUUCGUAUCUCUUUCCAUCAUCAUGACCAGCAUAAUGGUGAUCCUGGUAUCCUACCUGUUCAUCAUCAAGGCCAUCCUGUGCAUCUGUUUGGCCGGCGGGAGGGCCAAGACCUUCUCUACCUGUGGCUCUCACAUGACCACAGUGGCUCUGUUCUUUGGGACUAUUGCCUUCAUGUAUCUGAAAGGCAAUAUGGGCCAGGCCCUGGAGGUGGACAAGGUGGUAUCUGUGUUCUACACCGUGCUUAUCCCCAUGCUCAACCCCAUGAUCUACAGUCCGAGGAACAAAGAGGUGAAGAAGGCCCUGAGGAAAAUUCUCCACAGGAGCAAGUUCACGCAAGGGCCAUAA